UUUGUGGUGGGACGUGUCUCGGCGGGGAGGCUGCGGGCGGCUGCAGCGGAGGGGUUGCCGUCACGCACGCCGGGCUGCCUGUAGAAGGGGAGGGUCCAGGGGUCCUCACCGGCGUCUGGGCCUUCCCUUUCCUCCGUCGCCUUGCCUACCGAAAGGAUGGACUCGUCCCGGGACUCCGCCUUCGAGAAGAAGCAUCUCUGGAUGUACCUUCAGGCGCUGGGUUUGGACCCGGGCUUCCGCACCACCGUCGGCGGGAAGAUGGUGUCGUACGCGCACCUUGGAGAGAACAUGUUUGACAGACUGAACCGUGAUGCCUUUCAUGUAGUUUCUUACUUUUUGUUUCAAACGCUGAAUGAGUCUCGUGCCAAAGAAGUUUUCAGAGAUUGCUGGCCUCCAUUUGACCAAAAACAUGACGUGGAAUUCCGGAAACAUUGCUGCGAAUGGUUAAAAGAGAUUUCUGCUGAAUGUGGAAGCAGUUUUCCUCAGGUUGUUGGCUCGCUGUUUCUUUUUCCUGGUGGACCUAAGUUUAUUCAUCUGAUGUAUCAUUUGGCGAGAUAUGUUGCAAUCAAAUAUAUUAAAAAAAAAUCUAACAAUUCUCUACAUUUUGCAAAAACAUUUAAUGCAAAGCCACAAGAUAUGCACAAGUGCAUUGCCAGAUGCCAUGUAGCUCGUGACAAAUUCUUACAAAUUUUGCAAAGAGAACAUUAUGUUACCCAAAAAUACCAGGAAAAUGCACAUCUGUCUGUUAAGCAAGUACAAAGUUUGAGAUCAGAAUGCAUGGGCCUGCAAAACCAAAUUAAAAGAAUGGAGCCCUAUGAUUACCAGAGUAAUAUACAAGAGAAAAUUCAAAAGGUUCGAGCUUUGUGGACUUCAGUGAAUGGGAUACUAGUGUCUUUGGAAAAGGAGAGAGAAGUUGUUAGUUCAGUCUUCAGCAUUGCUAACCAGUGUAUUUUGGAUGGAACUAAUGUUGCUGUUAAUAUUCCAAGGCGCUUACUUGACAGACUUGAGCGGCAAAUAUGUCAGUUGCAGAUAGGAAAUGUUUAUGAGGCUGGAAAAUUGAACCUCUUAACAAUUAUUCAGUUGUUAAAUGAAGUCUUGAAAGUAAUGAAAUCUGAACAUUGUAAGGGGGACCAAGCAAGAUUGACAAUAGACCUUCACUACUUUGAAAAAGAAACCAAAAUUCAGAGGGAAAGAUUAUCAGAUAUGAAGCAUAUGAGGCAUAAAAUAAAAGAGAACAUCACUACAAUAAGACAUUCUAUUGUUGAAAAGGAAGACAGAUGGCAUAAGAAGUGGGAAGGAUUUCUUGGUCUGUCUCCUUCCCGUCUCAUGAGAGGCGGGGCUUCAGCUGUGGAUCUUUUGCCUCCCAUGUCUCCCCUGUCGUUUGAUCCUGUGUCAGAGGAAGUAUAUGCCAAGAGUAUACUUUUUAAGUACCCUGCUUCACUUCCAGAUACACAUCAAGAGCAUAACCAAGAAAAUGGUGCCAGAAAGGAAGCCGAGACCCUAGGAAGUGUGUGUGAUCCUGCCAACAGCGCUGCUCCUUUCCCCUUACAGUGUGCUUCACCAUCAGAUGCAGACAGUUCCACACUACUUGAGAAGGAUCCAACUAUGAGAACUCCCAAAGAGAAAAGCAUAAUGGCUUAUAAGAAAAUACCAGGCUCUGAAGUGGAAGCCUCUCCUUUAUCAGAUGCUGCAACGAAUGCACAGAAUGGUGUAUUCAGAGAGUCUCCACCGGUGAAAAAGAGCGACCCGUUCCAGAGGGAGCAAGAUCAUCUGGUAGAAGAGGUUGCCAGGAUAGUUCUGUCUGGUUCACCACAGCUCUGUGAAGGGAAAGAAGUAAAGUUGGAGGAGCUAAUCAACACUCUAAUUUCUAAUCCCUUCUUACCCAAGAAAGAAAUUCCCCGGACCCCAGAAAGCUUGAUAACUGAAAUUAGGAGCUCAUGGAGAAAAGCUGCUGAAAGUGAAGAUAACAGCAGUUCAGACGGGAUUCUAGUGGAUGCCAAAGCUGGAGAGGUGUUGUCAAAGUCUUCAUCUGCACUGAGUAACCAGAGGGAAUUUAGUCUGGCGAUUUUUUCUCCAGAUUUUGAUAGGUCUUAUUUGCCUGAAAAGAAAGCUGUUCCAGAUCAGCCCAAAGGUGUGCCUCAGAAACAUCUGGUGACAAGUCAGAUUACUGAACCCCCAAGAGAAGAUGAGUCAGACUUGAUAAAUAAGAAAAUGCAUUGUAAGCAAGAUUUAGAAUGUGCAACCACCAGGCUUUCAGAAACUAGACAAAUGGAGCCAUUCUCCCUUGCUGUGGGCAGUGGACUAGAUGUGACAUGUACAAAGGAAGAGGACUCUGUUCCAGUAUUGGACCACUCACAAGCUUCUUGCAGUGAACCUUCCACACAUAGGACUCUGUUUCAGAGGUUGAGUGGCAUUGGCAUAUUACACGAAACUCUUCCAGAAGAAGUUGGUCACCUAAGUCUUAAUAGCUCUACUAGUUCAGAGACAGCUUUUCAACUGGAACCGAAUAGUUAUGUGCACAGUGCUGCCUUUUCAGAUGAUGUGGGGAAAAGACAAGCCAUUCCAGAGUCAGAAUCCAGUUUACAGGCUGUUCUCAGUAGGUAUGAGGCUCUAAAGAAAUCUUUUAACAAAAUAAGGAACGAAUCUUACCUGUCUAAUCCCAAGACACUUGAACACCACAAAGUAGAAUUGAGCCCUGGAGCCAAAGACAUGCCAGCGGAUGAUACACAAGCUAUUUCGGACACUCGGGAUUUGUGUAUUGACUACACACAGCCAUCUUCCCACAUGUCCUUUGAUGAAAAAACACAGUCUGUAUCACCACUAACUAAAGCUUCUCUUCUGGAGGAAAAAUUGAGAACCAGGUUACCAUGUAGUCUUAGGGAAUUUCUGCCUAAUUUAAAAGAAGAAGAAAUCUCAAGUAAGAGCCUUGAAGCAAGAGACGCUGUGGUCUGACAAGAUGAAGCCUUUUUCAGUUAAUUUACCUGUGAUGCACUUACACUGCAGGCUUGCCGCUCCACUGCAGCUGAUCUACACACACACCGGAAGUGGAAUACUCUUCUCCAAGGUCGAAGAAGGUCUGAGUGCACUUUGCCCCUUGUGAUAUAUUUAGGUGUUUAGGUCUUCUUUAGCAAAUAUGAGGCUGAAAUGUGAAGUAUUUAGGAACAGCAAAUGUCAAGUUUUGGGAAGCCAUUGUGAUUCCUUAGAGUAAUCUUAUAACAUAAGUAAAUGGCAAAUAUCAUAGCUAUGGUAAAACAUCAGUUAUUAACCUCAGAGUGAGUGUGUAAUAGUCGCUGAAUA